GGGCGGCCCCGGGCCGGCCCCUUUGUUCGCGCGGGCUGCGGGGCCCGGCCGUGCGCCCGCAGGCGGCGGCGCCCGGGAGGAGGGAGGGAGGCGGCCGCGCCGCCGGCCCCGGCAUCCUCCUCCUCCUCCUCCUCCUCCUCCUCCGCCUGCGCCAAUCGGGCCGCCCGCCCAGCUCCCUCCUUCCCUUCCCGGCUCAGCUCGGCUCCGCCGCGGCCGCGCAGGGAGUGGCUCGGCGGCCGCCCGCCCGCGCGCAGCCUGCGGCAGCUCCCGCUCCGCGCCGCGGCGGGCUGCAGAGGGUCUGUGAUAAUGGAAGAGGUCCAUCAUCGAGAAGCCUGAAUGGUGAUACCAUGACAGGCCUUUGAGACACUGGCAAUACGAGUCUGACAGGAGACAGCAAACAUGCUGAAGCCAAGUGGACUUAAAAUCCCCGGCAGGGCUGGGAAGCACUCCAGCCCAGUGGGACGGGCAUCAGGGACCACUGCAGCUGCCGUCACCACUGGUUCAAAAGAAGGCUCACCUUUACACAAGCAGGGUACCACCUCCACCGCCAGCGCCGAGAAGUCGGGUUCAAAGGUUGCCGAGGUGGGCGAUGAUUUCCUGGGAGACUUUGUGGUGGGCGAACGUGUCUGGGUAAAUGGAGUGAAGCCAGGUGUGAUCCAGUAUCUUGGGGAGACGCAGUUUGCUCCGGGCCAGUGGGCAGGGGUCGUUCUGGAUGACCCGGUGGGUAAGAAUGACGGCUCUGUCGGUGGAGUACGUUACUUUGAAUGCCAGCCGCUGCAGGGGAUUUUUACACGACCAUCCAAGCUGACGCGGCAGCCGGUGGCUGAGGGCUCAGGGAGCGACGCCCCCUCCGUGGACUCCCUGACAGCUCAGAACUUGUCACUGCACUCGGGGACGGCCACGCCACCUCUUUCCACUCGUGUCAUCCCCCUGAGGGAGAGCGUCCUGAACAGCGCCAUGAAGACGGGCAACGAGUCUGGAUCUAACCUCUCGGACAGUGGGUCUGUGAAAAAAGGGGAGAAGGACUUACGGCUUGGAGAUCGUGUGCUGGUUGGUGGGACAAAGACAGGAGUUGUGCGCUACGUGGGAGAGACGGAUUUUGCCAAAGGAGAGUGGUGUGGUGUGGAGCUGGAUGAACCCCUGGGGAAGAACGACGGGGCGGUUGCUGGUACAAGGUAUUUUCAGUGCCCUCCCAAGUUUGGCCUCUUUGCUCCCAUCCACAAGGUGAUCCGGAUUGGGUUCCCCUCAACCAGCCCCGCCAAGGCAAAGAAGAGCAAACGAAUGGCCAUGGGAGUGUCUGCCUUAACCCACAGCCCCAGCAGCUCCUCCAUCAGCUCCGUCAGCUCGGUGGCAUCGUCUGUUGGGGGCAGGCCCAGCCGCAGUGGGCUGCUGACAGAGACUUCUUCUCGAUAUGCCCGAAAAAUCUCUGGCACCACAGCUCUCCAAGAGGCACUGAAGGAGAAGCAGCAGCACAUCGAACAACUACUGGCAGAGCGUGACCUGGAGCGGGCCGAGGUUGCCAAAGCCACCAGCCACAUCUGUGAGGUGGAGAAAGAGAUUACCAUCAUGAAGGCCCAGCACGAGCAGUAUGUCACAGAGGCAGAAGGAAACCUCCAGCGAGCACGAGCCCUGGUGGAUGGGAUGCAGAAGGAGAAGAUUGAACUGUUGAACCAGCUGGAAGAGGAGAAGAGGAAAGUGGAGGACUUGCAGUUCCGUGUGGAGGAAGAAUCCAUCACAAAGGGGGAUCUGGAGACUCAGACGCAGUUGGAGCAUGCCCGAAUACGGGAGCUCGAGCAGAGCCUGCUGUUUGAGAAGGCACAGGCUGAAAAACUCCUCAGAGAAUUAGAGGACACCAGGUUAACCACAGUAGCGGAGAAGUCCAGAAUCCUGCAGCUGGAGGAGGAGCUGAGCCUCAGACGCAGCGAGGUGGAUGAGCUUCGGCAGUGCCUCAGGAGCUCUCACCAAGCAGAGACGCCUGAGCAUAACCUUGGCUUGCAGUCAGAGGCUCUUCGUCUACGAGAUCAAUUGCUGUCUGCCAACAAGGAGCAUCAGAAGGAGAGCAGCCAACUAAAGGAGAAGUACGAGAAGACAUUAAAGAAGUACCAGCAGGAGCUGGAGAAGCUGAAAGCUGUCAAUGAGAAGUAUUCUCAGGAAAUCGUUGACCUAAAGCAUAAAGUUCAGCAAGCCACUAAUGAGAACAUGGGGCUUAUGGACAACUGGAAGUCCAAGUUGGACACGUUAGCUUCUGACCACCAGAAGUCUCUGGAGGACCUCAAAGCCACAUUGAGCACAGGCCCCGACACCCAGCACAAGGAGAUUGUGGAACUGAAGGCAGUGGUGGAGAGUAUAAAGAUGGAGCACCAGCUUGAGUUGGAGAACCUGAAAGCAAAGCAUGACAUUGAGACAGCUGUUCAUAUAAAGGAAAAAGAGAGCCUCAAACUGAAGUUGCAGGAGGCUGUGGAUGAAGCAGAAAAAAGCAACAGCAACUGGAAAAUGCAACUGGAAACCAAAAGCAAUCAGCACCUUCUUGAGCUCCAAGAUGUGAAGGACAAGUGUCGAGAUGCUGAGCUGAGGGUGCAUGAACUGGAGAAACUUCACAGUGAAUAUAAAGAUCAGACACAAGCAAUAGCUUUCUUAAAAGAGCAGAUAUCUUUGGCUGAGAAGAAGAUGUUGGACUAUGAGACGCUGCAGAAAACAGAAGCCCAGAGCAAACAGGAGAUCCACAGAUUGCAGGAAAAAGUGCUUGUCUUAGAGAACAAGCUGCAGUCCAUGGAGGCCCUGCAUCCUUCUCAGCAUGCAAAUAUGAUUGAAACUAACGAUAUUUCAGAAGAAAAGAUAAAGAUGAAGCAGACUAUGGAAGACCUCCAAGACAAGCUGAGUAAAAGAGGCAAAGAAGUGUCAUCACUGGUGUCUCAGACUGAAACUCUAAGGGCCCAAGUAAGUGCUUUGGAAAAUAAAUGCAAAACGGCAGAAAAGAAGGCCGAUUUGGUCUUAAAAGAAAAGAAGAGGCUGGAAGGUGAACUGGAAGCCUUGACCAAGAAAACACACGAUGCUUCAGGGCAACUGGUCAUGAUUAGCCAGGAGCUACUCAAGAAAGAAAGGAGCCUGAACGAGCUGAGGGUGUUGUUACUGGAGGCGAACCGGCAUUCGCCUGGGCCAGAGCGAGACCUGAGCCGGGAGGUGCACAAAGCUGAGUGGCGGCUGAAGGAGCAGAAGCUCAAAGAUGACAUCAAGGGGCUGCGAGAGAAACUGGUGGUGCUGGACAAGGAAAGAUCGGUAACAGAUCAGCGGCGAUACUCCCUGAUUGACCCCUCGUCAGAGUCAGAAGUGAUCCGGCUGCAGCACCGGCUCGUCAGCACAGAGGACGUGCUGCGCAAUGCCCUGGAGCAGGGCCACCAGAUGGAGAAGCUCAUGGAAGCCAUGAGGCUCUCCUCCGAGAAAACACAGACUGUUGGAAAUUCUGGGUCUGCUAACGGGAUUCACCAGCAGGAUAAAUCCCACAAGCAAGAGGAGAAGCUCUGAUAGAGAAGAGGUGAAGAGGAUCGUUUCACACCAGUAUCAGCUCCUGUGCAGUGUCAGGAAAAACGAUACCCCAUCUGGCUUUAGCACCUCCAAAAGACUAGACACAGUAUUUUCACCUUAAAGCAGGACAAUGUUUAUAAUAUACUAACUGAUGUAAUCAGGACAAUCCUAGAGUCCAGUUUUCCAAGACAGACAUUGUUCCAGGAGGGAGCAGAAAGAUCUCUCUGGGUUUGGUUUCUUACCUGUAUUGGUUUCGACUGUGGAAUUUGUAUUGCUUGAGCUGUCCUUCUCCCACCAGCUGAUGCGGUCUGGAUGACAGCUGCCCUGACUGGUGGCUGAAGUGUCAGCGAGUCCCAGUAACCCCACGGGAACUGCAGAGGGAUUUGCUGUGGUGUUCAACAACAAAGCGUGUGCCCAGAGGCUGCGCGCUUCCCACAUGGUCUGUCCCUUCCCUUCCACCCACCCCAGUGUCUUGAAGACCUGCACAAGCGAGUGGAACCUGCUGGGCUGACUGUUCACGCUGGCACACGUAGGCUGAGGAAGAUGGGGUGUGGGGACAUGUUUCCCUCCUCGCCUUGUAGAUGAUGUUGCUGGUCUAGAGCAUGGAGGCUGCACUUAGUACUUGUAUCAUAGCAUGUCAUGGGAAAUAAUCUGAUUUCCAAGGGAUAUUUAUUUUGUUUCUCACUCGUUGCUGUUUGGGGAAGGAGCUGUGGUGGCUCUGAGUUUGGGGACAGGCACACCUUGCUCAGGUGUGGUUGGCCUUUCUUCCUGCAGAGAGAUCGCUGAGCAGGCCUGCCGAUGCCCUGGGCCACAGCCAGGGUGGUUCCUCUUUGAGCACAGGACUCCACAGGUGGCUGGAUCUCAGUAUCACCAGCCUGAGAGCUCCAUGGUGGCUGCAGUCAGUGUGGGACAGAUACCUUGAGGAAAUGGUUCCCUCCUUGCCUGUUUAAUGGCUACUCAGGGAUUGCCUGGGCAUUCUCCAGUGCUGUCCUUGGCUCUUCAGUAUGAUGCCCAUCCCCUACUACCGGGAAUGGAGGAGGCUACGGUGCUCUGUGAGCAUUCACCCAGUAGUGGCUGUCUGUAUUUGACGGGUACAGCAAUCCUCUGUGCAUGACCUGAGUACGAGCAUUUGGAGCGGAAGGAAUCCAAGACUGGAGCCCACACAGCUCUUGUGUCCAUAUGCAGCAGUGCAGGCCAGGCAAGGGUCUUGUUCCUUCGUCAGAAGGCUUUACUCUCCUCUUUAAUUUUGCACCACAGCUCCCAAGGGACAUUAGGGUGGAGGAAGGGGGCAAUACGCUCUUAAAAGUAUGAGAGACUCCAGUUCAGAUUCACUGCUCAAUACCACAGGGAAGAGUCACAGCAAUAUUUUUACCAGGCUUACCUAGUUAGUGCCCGGCUGCUCUGGUCGUCAGAAACUCUUGUGUUAUGAUGGGGCAUCAGUGAAAGAGGACGAGACCUGAGCCAGACCACAGGCAGAUGAACAUCACGGCAUGUCAGCUUCAUUGCUUUUUGCCCUAAUUUCCUACAAAGUUGUGUUACUUUUUCUUAGUGGGUUGCUGGACUCCUCCUUCCUUGAAGGAUGGGCAGCCAGAAGCAACCUGGGAAAGACUUGGGCUUCAUGGCCGCGAUUCUGCCGUGAGGAGGAGGUUGCUGAAUCUGGGCUAUGAUACAAUACUGGACUCUGCUCACCUGAUGCAGAACUGGUGAUCUCCCUCCAUUCAAAGGGAUGAUGAGAGAGGAAGGUGGCUUCGGGGGAGUAAAGCAAGUCAGAAAACAGAGCUUAAACCUGGUGCACAGCAGGGGGAGGCAGAGCUUGGGAUUUAAUUGGCUGGAAAUAAUUCGAAUGGGAUCCUAUCCUGCCUAGUAGAAGUGUUUCAUUAGCUCUUAGUAAUCACCAGGAAGAUUGCCACGUAUCUGCCUAGCUCUGGGAGUUUUCCAAGGGAUCAUAGGGGUGGUCUCCAAAAAUCCCCCUGGCUGGUGCAUUCAUCUCCUAAGCGAUUUAGGAAAGUCCUCCAGGGAGUGUUCAUUGUUACAGCCUGUAACAGUGAAUACCUUGCUGGGAGCUGCUGUUCUAGGAAUUUAGGGCUGGUGUUUUCCCAAAGUGCUCCAGUUGGCUGGAUGCUCUCUGAAGACACUGCUGCAGCUCCUGCUGGCUUGAGUGGAGCUAACACAGGUGCUUCUUGCAGUGCUGCCUGUCUCUAAGCCCAGGGCCUCCUGGGCACCUGCAGGUGGGACAGUCCAUUCUGGUUUGUAGCUUCUUUUCCCCAGAAGGUCUUCUAGUGACUUGUGAGCAGCUGCCUUCGUCUACAGAGGAAAGGCACAUGCAUUUUCCACCUCCCUUGCUGAACCUCUGGCUCUGCACAGGGCGGGAUCCCCCAGGAGCGGUUAUGAGGGCCACAUAUUUGGCUCUGUUAAACAGAUCCAGAGUUGUCAGGGUGGCAGUGGUUCAGGCUGGAGCAGUCUCUGGCUCCUCCCAGGACCAUCCCCUGUGAGAGGCUCAGACCUGUGGCUCUUCCUGGUCAGCUUGGGUGAGAAUGCAGAACAGCAGCAGAUGGGUCCGAGCAGGUUUAAAGUUAGUGCUGAUGGUCUCUGGCUGUUAAUAGCUGUGCUGGUCCUUAAGGAUCAGCCAGGAACUGAUGGCACCUCUUGGCUUUCUGUGGAGGCUGUGCAGGCUUUGUGUCGCAGGGCUGUACCAGGACAGGCAGCGGAGCGAUGCCAGGUCCCCUGUGUCCCCACCACCCUUGGGGUGCGGGUCCAUGGGAGCUGCUCCCAGGCAGGACUGACUGCAGCGUCAGCAGGGAAUGGUAUCACACGUGUCACCUGAGUUUCAGCUCAACCCUGUGAGGUGGCCAGGAGCGGGUUCAGACAUCAGCUGUGUCUUCCCUCUCCAAAAUUGGCGUAGGCUUCCCAAGGGCACCUGCCUCUGGCUGCCCCUCUGCGGUUGUAAGAGACUAAACUAGGGACAAACUUGGAAAGGAGAAGGCGGAGAUUCCCCAGCCCCUCUAUUUAUUUGUAAGUUUAAUUGCUAUUUUUGCCUAUGUGGUGGUGUAUAAAGUACUUCACAAUAUUUGGUCUUACUGGCUUGGUUCUUUGGGGGAGAUUUUCAAGGGCGUUGGAGCAGUGAUGCACCCAUCUCCUGUUGUCGGUCAGGGACUGGUUCCUGUUUGUGCCUUCACUCUUUGGCAUCAGCCUUGCUCUUGUUUUGGUCUCUGAGAGCCGGUACAGGGGGCUCGGUUCUCCCUAGCCGCUCUCCUGCCUCGCACGUGCCGUGCUGGGUCCGCACCCGGAGCUGGGUCCGGAGCAUGCCUCAGAGCACUGCUGCAGGGUGGGGAGCAGGAGGUAGCCAUGCACAUGCUCAGCAUCCUGCCGAAGCCUUCAGCACGAGGGGAAGGACCAGCACCCUGGUUGUGAGACCAUCCCUCACAGCCAGCUGCGUUACCCCAACAGUUAGUGAUGCUUUUCUGCUAAGGCUGAGAUGUUACCCAGCAAAAAGUGUCUUUGAAAUGGAGACUGUUCCAUAUUUAGUGGGUUUUUUUCCUCUCUAACCCUCUAGACCAAAGGGAAAACAAAUCUGUCUUGGUUGGUGAUUUCAGCUUUAUCCCUCCUACAGCAGCCAGAGAGCUGGAGCGAGGGGCAGCACCACGCCGGUGCCGUACCAAACGAUGGGUGCCGAGUUGCCAGCCGAGGCUUUACAGCUCUUGCCUACCCCCAGCCACCAGCCGUUCCUCUGGCUUGCAGUAGAGAUGCAUGAGGGUUUCGUUAAAACAAAACAAUGCAAAUGACACGGUAAAAGUCUUAACAAAAAUUCCAGUACUCCGUUGUUCGGCAGCUUUCGCAGCUCAACGCUAUCUUGUAGGGAGUUAUUAAUACACUAAGUUCCUAUAGGCCUCAUGUAAGUUACCAGAAUGAAGAUGAUACUAGAUGUAUAAAUGGAUGAUAACCUUUUACCCGUACAGUAUGUAUUACAAUUUUGUAGCUUAGUCAUUUUUUGGCUAUUGGAUUUUGUUAGUAUGAUAUAAAAAAAAAAAAAGACAAAAAAAAGUUUGACUGCUAAUGUCUAUUUUGUUAUUUGAUUCAUUUUAUUUCUUCCUCUGUACAAAAGCUGUACAAAUCUCAGUCUGUGUAACUACUACAGAUCUGUAUUCAUGUACCAUCCACCCCUGUCCUGGCUUGCUGGUGUGGUGAGCUCGUUACUAAACAAUAAAAUCUGUGGCUGAA